GGUAGCUGAUUUUUGCGGUAAGGGGAGAGUCCAUUCGGUCAGUUCCGUCGCGAUUCGACUAUGUUCGGCAUUAUAUCACCGUCUCCAUCACUACAUCAGUGCAGCUAAAAAGAACAGACCUCAUGGUUAUCCAUAUAUAUGUAUUGAGAUCAGUGAUCAUGUAGAUCUGUCGUGUUUGUUCAGUUUUUAAUUGUUAUGUGAGAAUAUUCCAUUAUUAAUAGUGUCGGCAAAUUUCUGAUAAUGUUACAAAGAAAGCCGUGUAAAAGAGGAAUCCUUAGAAGAAGGCUCCGAUUGAAAUAGCAACCGAAAUGUAAUCAGAUAUGUGCCUGUUAACUCACUACGUCUGUAGAAAAUAUAUUCCGUCGGGAGAGAGAAAAAUACAAUUCAUCGUAUUUUAUUCCUUCGGAGAGAGAUCAUAUCUACGAGAUUCUUGUAAGAAAUAAUGUUCCUAAAAAAGGAAAACUACGUCUUCCAGAUGAACAAGAAGACUAUUGAAGUAUCGCUCGUGAAGAUUAAAGGAAGGAUUUAGCAAUGUCUUUAUUAAUUUGAGAAAAAAGAUCAAGUGUAGAAUUGUAUUUCUCUACAUAAUAAUAAAUUGAGAAGAGGACAAGAUGGAUCUGCUUUACACUGUUAACAGAAGAAGCUCCUCCAAGUUUCUUACAAAUCAGGAAUGUUUAUACAGUGGGCAGUCCUUGUGUUCCUUGUCUAGUCGAAACAUAGUGGCGUUUACUACGAUGACAGAGUUAGAUGACAGCAGCAGCAAGACUCGGGGUUGCCACGUCUAUGUGGCAGACUUGAAUAUGCCAUGGCAUGCUCACAAAGUGCUUUCAAAUAAACACAACAUUACGGCAUUAGAAUGGGAUCUGCCUGGUGACAAGUUAGUGAUGGCAGACACAGCCGGAAAUGUACAGCUAUGGAUGUUCAAGGACUAUAUUUUAAAUGAUUGGGUAUUAAUAGGUUCCGCAUACUUCCCUGGCGAGCAUAUAUUAGGAGCAGCAUGGUUUCAUAAUGGCAAAAAGACAGGGCUAGUAGCAGAGAAGAAAGAUAACAUCCAUUAUAGUGAAAAAUUUAAUCAUCUGCUAUUUGCGCCUUCCGUCAGGCAGUUCGGCGGCAGAGCUGCUGAAGGCGUGCUGGUGGUGUCGACAACAGGGAUGGUCGGCGCGAUCAUGAUCACGAAGGACCUUCAAAAUCCAAUCUGCUACUCGACGGAGAGUCUUGGCAAUACGAGGCACAGGAUAACCGCGGUCGAUUUAUGCUAUGGAAAAAAUGGCCACUUUCUUGUUGCGGUAAGCAGCGGUAGCAUCUGUCUGCCCAUAAGAUGCUUCAGGGUGCUGGUGCGCAAGAACGACGACAAGUGCACCAUCACCUCGCAAGCCUUGCCGAGCUUCUUUCUGCAAGAUGGGGCACCCAAAGAUAAUUCAUGUACAGUUGUGACACAUUUAAAGUUUGUGGUCAGAGAAGAUGCGGAUUCGCUGGUCAUCGCGGCGAAUAGCGAGAGCGGCGGAUUCGUCGAGGUGUGGGAGCUGCGGGAAAAGUCACAACCGGUUCACAAAUUGUUUCAGCCAAAGACUCUAGAACCUUUUAAGACGGUCGUUUGGCAGUAUCAAUCGCAGUAUCGCUGCCAGUCGCCGGUCACGGCGAUAGCGACUACAAAACUGUCAAUAGUAACAACCUUACCGCCUCCGAGUUACGUGAUAAUAGCAUUGGCAGACUCGUCGGUACACUGUCUAAAUCGUCUAGAUUGUUUGAAGGAGGUAGCGUUCUCAUCGUUGAAUACAAGUUGGCGUCAGGACGAACCUAGCAAUAAGUAUUUCAAGAGCUCAGUAUCUAUCGCCCAUAUGGAUCUCUCGUGGCUAGGAUGCGUGCUUCUUGCGUGCGACACUCACGGCAAUUUGUAUCUCUAUAAAUUGUUGCCGGAUGGCACUACAGGUACAUCGAUGUCACUGAACUAUGCCUGUACAUUACUGGAGUAUUGUUUGGUGACGGGAUUGGAUUGGUUGGAUAUACUUUUAUGUCUCAGAUCGUCCAUGAUCGAAGCACUGUGCGAACGAUUAGACGCUUCUUUUAACAGGCAACUACCAUCUACACAACAAUAUCACUAUAUCCAAUUUCUAUGCAUCAAGACAUCAUUGUAUAGGAUGCUUGUGACAGGACAAAACAAGGCAGCGGAUUUAUCAUCAUUACUGAUGAUACAUUCGGUAGCUACCGCCUUCAAGUCUUUACUGAGACCAUCGGAUUUAACAUCCCACGACAUAGGUCCAGCGGAAAGCUUAGCCGCGGUGAUAACUGACGUUAUUACUGAUGUUGACAAGGUAUUGUUGCAUCUUGAUCCGAAAGAGUUUACAGUGGAACCAAGCACUUUGCAAUCGCUGCAACAACUUAUUCAAUGGGUUGCUGACUUAGCUUUGAACCUGUUGGCCAGAUUACCCGAACAGAGAAUGCAGGUGAAGGCUGGUGGGUAUGAGCUGCUUAAGGAUCACAAGGCCUUGAAUACUGUUCGGGAGCUGUUGGUCAUCAUACGCAUCUGGGGAUUACUCCGGCCAUCAUGUCUUCCGGUAUUUCUUCGUAGCGCGGAGAGUCUGGACGUUCUGGCCUUGUUGUUUUGCUUGUUGUCGAAAUUGGUGCAACCUAAUGGAGAUACACAGCAACAGGUGGAUGACGGUUUGAUUGAUGAAUGCUGCUUGUUACCAAAUCAAAUCAUGAUUCCACAAUUGCAUCAAGGCAACAGCAUUAUCGCCAUAGUCUCCCCGAUUUUGUUUUAUCAGAAUCUCCCGUUGCAGCUGGAAUAUGGAGCAGAACCCGAACAGAUGAUAUUUACACCUGAAAUGAAUCCCGUUGAAGGUUGUAUGCACAGCGGACAAAUAGUCGAUACGAUACGACACUUGUAUUUGGGGAAACAGCCACUUCUAGUGAAGCAAUGUACAAGAUGCGGCGGUAAGGCGCAAGUACAGAACAUGACGAGAACAGCUGCGAUCAGAGCCUGGGAUCAACGAUGGAUGCGAGCUUGUCGAUGCGGCGGUAUCUGGCGAAUUCAUAAAGCCUCUCAAUAAAAAGCACUUAAGAAUUUUUGUAAUGAUAAAGAGUUCAUAUUUUGAGAGUCUAUCAUUAUAAACUUUGAUAACUCCGAUAAAUUUUUAAAUAAAGGUCGGAAAUUCAUAUAAAA